AAUAAAUAAUAUCGCUCCACUCCCGUUCCCCAGUCGGUGCGCCGCAGCCCCGCAGGAGGCGGCCCAGGCGGGUGGGCGCGGGGCGCGGGGCGCGGGGCGCGGCACCAUGCUCCCCAGCGCCGUGGCGGCCCACGCCGGCGCCUACUGGGACGUGGUGGCCUCCUCGGCUCUGCUGCACCUCCCCGCCGCGCCUGGCUUCGGCAACCUGGGCAAGAGUUUCUUGAUCGAGAACUUGCUGCGGGCCGGGGGCGCCCCGCCGCACGGGCUGCAGCCCCCGCCGCCCCACGGCCCCGCGGCCGCCCUUGCCCCCGCCGCCGCCGCGGGCGCGCAGCUCCGGGCCCUGCCGGCCAGUCCCGUCCCGCUCAAGCUGUGCCCCGCGGCCGAGCAGCUCAGCCCCGCCGGCGGGCCCUAUGGCACGCGCUGGACUUUCCAAGUGCUCAGCCCCUCGGCGACCGGGACCAGGUUGCCGGGCCGCGCCCCCGGAGGACGAGACGCUACCUUCCAAACUUCGGCCCCAGUGCCUCCUUCCAAGCCGUUUUUCCUGAGCGCCCCGCCAUUCUGCUCUGCGUGCUGCGGUGGGUCCUGCCGGCGCCCCACGCCCCCCACUGCCUUCCCAAGAGAAGAGAGUGUGCUGCCUCUCCUCACACAAGACUCUAAUUCCAAAGCCCGGAGGGGAAUUUUGAGAAGAGCCGUCUUUUCUGAGGACCAGAGGAAGACUCUGGAGAAAAUGUUCCAGAAGCAGAAAUAUAUCAGCAAAACAGAUAGGAAGAAACUUGCCAUCAACUUGGGACUAAAGGAAUCUCAGGUGAAAAUUUGGUUUCAGAACAGAAGGAUGAAAUGGCGGAAUUCCAAAGAGAAAGAAGUGCUGGCCAACAGGUGUCUCCAAGAGGACCACCUGUCAAGACCAGAUCUGGGCUUCCCUUCUCCGCCGUGUCCUUCUCUCUGGAAAGUCUCCCAGCAGCGCUCAAGUCCAAGAUGGAGGGAGAACUCUCCAGAACCUUCGGAAAGACUCAUCCAGGGGAGUGCAGGGGCACCACCCCCAGAAGGCCAUUCCCUGCCUGGUGCCUUGUUUCUGUGUUCUGAAGAAGAUGGAGACAAGGGUGUAAUUACUGGGACUAUAUGAAUGGAAGCAUUCUGAUACUUGAAAGAAAGAAAAAAAAUUAACUAUUAAUGUUUGGACUUAAAAUCCAGCUCGCUGUGGCUCGUCAGUGCCUAAAAUCUAACACUUUCGGAGUGACUCUUGGACUAAUGCCUGUAGUGCUUUCUAUUGGCUCUUCUUUGGGGCCCCAGACUCAGAUAUAAUUUGUACAUGGAAUAGAACCUUCCAAAAAGUAUGAGGGAACUGAAAAGAUUGAGAGAGAUUGUUGGCUUAGUCCCUGCUUUGAGUAUGUAUAUGUGUGUGUGUAUUUCUAUUUCUGUACAUAUAUAAAUAUUCAUUAAAAUACAUGCGUAGAAAUUAAUUCCUCUUUAAAUAUCUCAUGGAGCAAAUCCAUUGCCUUUCAUCUGAAGGAGAACAAACCAUUGCCGGAAAGUUCUUAAUUUUAAAAAUGACAUGAAAUGUGUCCAUGUUUCAUACCCCAAGAAAAUGCUUUCAGUUUCCUCUGCAGUUCUAGUUUCUUUGGGUAUCCAGCUGUGCAUGAAUUUUAACAACACAGCAGCCCUAAUCAAACGAGUUACUCCUCUGUAUAAACACUGAAAGUUCAUACUGAAAAUUAAUCCAGCAAAUUAGAAGACUUUCCAAAUGCAGCUAUUAGCAGCAUUAAUUUUCAAGGCUCUGGACUCUGUCAGACCCUCAGUCAGGGAGGCAUCCAAUUAGCCAGUGGUUAUCUUUUGAUCUCUUCUUUGUGAACAUGUGCCUUAAUCAUGGUUUGCAUGUAACAAUGGAAUGCCUAUCAGGUAAAUAGAGUUCACAGCACAAUGACAGAUAUUUGGGUUUAAUAAUUUCUAAAUACUAUAUUGGCCAAAUAAAACAUCUGACCCAAUCAGACUGUGACCUCCAGUCAAGACACAAGUGUCACAGUUCUGAAAGUGUUCCCCAAGUUUUGGCUUUCAAAACCCAACUGCUGAUGGGAACCUCUUGUGAUUUCUGCUUGCUCUUGUACUAGUAAUACACUUGACUUUCCACAUAGGUGCUAUUCACUACAUAUGUAGUAGGUGACUCUUAUGUGCUAACAAACUCACACAGAUGGUUUUCUGGUUUUCAGCUACCCUAAACUAGUCUUACGAUCAAAUUUGCCUAUUAAUCUAGAACAAUUAGAAGUUCAUGAUGUGGAAUUCUGUUAAGAUGCUAUGUUUUUAAAAAGUAUAUGUUGGGCUGGCAAAAUAGCUCACUUAGUAUGCUGCUUUGCCAUGUGCCGAGAUCAAGCCUGGCCCCCACCAUAUUGCAGGAAGUUUGGGUGCUGUGGUUUCUUUCACUCUCUUGCUGCCUCUAUGUCUCUAUCUCUCUCUCUCUCUCUAAGAAAAAAGUAUCUUAUAAUUUUCUUACAUUCUUUAUUACAGACUUGUAGGGUUUAGGGCUUAGAAAAGAGUGUUUCAGAAGGGUCUACUAAACUUCAGAGAAUUACCCUGUUUGAGUGGAAUUCGAUUUGAUAAACACCAGCCUUUCUUUGUCAUAACAUCUUUUACUUAAAAGUCAUCUCAAAAGAA